UCAUUAAACAGACAUGCCCAGUAGUAUUUUAGGUGCUGAAAAUACAAGGGGAUCAAGAUAGUAGGUCCCUGGUCUCCUAGAAUUUUCAGUCUUAUUAAUAGGGAAGAUAAAACCAGAACUCUUGUUUUUGCAAAGAUUGUAAGGUGGACUUCUCAGUAAGAAAAGGCUGUUGGGAUAUCGGGGCUUAUAUAGAAAAAGAAAUUUGUUACAAACAUUGGAGAAGGUAUUCAAAUUGGUAAGGCCCUGGUCUGUUAGCAUGUUCUUAGGAUGCCUACGUGCAGACCAUUAAUACAUGGUUGUUAAAUCUGCAGAAAGCAGAAACGUGGAUCACGGUAGAGAAACAUCAGUAGAAAGGGAAGGAACGAGUGAAGGGGAGGAAAGGUAGCCAUGAGAAGCGUCGUCGUCAGUUUGUACUGUGACUUAGGCUGCAAGCAUCACUGCAAGAAAAGCAAGUCGAGGAGAGUGAAGGACUCCCGACGAGCUGAGUGAGGUUUCAAAAGGUGCGUGUGAAGAGGCCAGCCAAAAAGAUUGGGGUUGGGAAACAUGCAAGAGGAGAACAUCAAAUUGGGGACUGCUGGAGAGGGAACGGUACACCGACACUUCCACGAAGGAAGGCUGCUAGCCACCUACUAGCCUCUGAGUGCGGCGGGAGCGCGGCGUGGGAAGCAAGAGCGUCGGGGCGGCGCCGGGCGGCUGCGUGCGCACCCGGGGCCCCGCGAGCCCGGGGGCUUGCGGACCCGGGCGCUGGAGCUGGGCGCGGCGCGGGGGGACGGAUGCGGGGCGGAGGGGGAGGUGUGCGCAGAGUUUGGUGAUGUCACUGCAAGUCGGUGCGCGGUGAAAUUUAACACCGGCCUGAUGUGCUUGGCUCCUCUCCUUCCAGGCGAAGCUGCCGGCUGUAGUCAACGCUGAGCGCCUGCAGUUGCCACCGGCCCCCUCGCGCGGAGUAGAUUUCCGAAGUGGGUGUGUGCGCUUGUCUGACAAAUGUUCCGGCGCGGGUUGUUUCCGAGGACUUCCUCCCCCCAGCCCCUACCGCUCUCUCCUCCCAGGCCCAAGGCAGAGGACUCCACUGGAGUCACAGAGUCGCCUUUGAACCGCAAGUGAACUCGAGCGCUGCGCCCGCGGCCGAGCUCCAGCAGCUGCCGGCGUCCCGCCGCCUGCCAUACCUGUAGCCUUAGCAGUUCGGAGCUGGCUUCUGUUUUCCGUUAGCGCUUCGCUGCAGGGACAAAUGCAUACAAAUGCAUUUAGGAGCCCACAGGACAAGGCGUGGAAAGGUCUCCCGCACGGCAAAAACGAAACUACUUCUUCAUUUCAUUGUGCUAUGUGUGGCAGGGGGUGCUGGUCAUGCUCAAGAACAAGGCAUAGAUAUUCUUCAUCAACUAGGCCUUGGAGGCAAAGAUGUAAAAUACUCAUCAUCAGUGACUGCGGUACCAUCAUCAUCUACACCAUUACCUCGGGGGGUCCAUUUAACAGAAUCAGAAGCAUCUGCAAACUAUUGCAGGUACAUGAAACAGCAGUGUCGUCCUGAGACAAGGCCUCUUCAUACAACUAUUGUACCAGCUGAGAUACCAGAAAACUCUCCUUUGCUUAAGCAGUUUGGUGAAAAAGUAUUGGCAGAAGAUACACUUAGUAAAGGCAAAAGUAUUCCAAAUAUUAUAAAUAAUGAUUCUGCAACAGUGCAUAAACAACAAGAGUCCCAGAUACCAAGAUCUCAGUUAACUUCUCAUCAUUCAGGGAAGGUCUCUGCUGUGGAUAUUGUGAGCCAUGGGAUUCAGUCCAAAGAAAUGAUCACUGAGGAACAUACUCAGACCAAUUUAAGCCUGUCAAUGACCCAUCAUCGCUUCAAUGAAGCAAGAACAAAUAGCAAGGGGAAAUUGAGUUCUCUCAUAAAUGUAUCCAAUAAUAUCACACAGCAUAAUGAUAGAGUAACUGGGCUGUCACCAUUUAAGAAGAUACCAUCUAUUCUUCCUCAUAUAAAACAAGAUACAAUUGCUAAUCUCCAGGAGGCUAUCACAGCAAAUCUACACACUAAUGAACUCAUGGAACUACAACAGAUUUCAAAUACAACCUUAUACAGAGUGACAGAUGAGCCAUCUGUGGACAAUCACCUUGAUCUAAGGAAGGAAGGUGAACUUGAUCCUGACGCUACUUAUGCCAUCGAAAAUAGCUAUGAAACUGAGCUUUAUGAUUAUUAUUAUUAUUAUGAGGAUCUUAAUACAAUGCUGGAAAUGGAGAAUCUGAGAGGGCCAAAAGGGGAUCCUGGACCUCCCGGUCCACCUGGUCCAGUGGGUAUCCCAGGUCUGGCAGGGAAGAGAGGUCCACGGGGCAUACCAGGACCACAUGGAAAUCCUGGGUUACCUGGAUCACCAGGUCUAAAAGGCCCCAAAGGAGAUCCGGGGUUUUCCCCAGGUCAGGCUGUUUCUGGAGAAAAGGGUGAUCAAGGCCUUUCUGGAUUAAUGGGCUCCCCCGGUAUGCAAGGUAAUAAGGGUCUCAAGGGGCACCCAGGGCUCCCAGGACUCCGAGGUGAACAAGGAAUUCCAGGAUUCACUGGUAAUAUUGGUUCACGUGGUUACCCUGGCAGGCAGGGUUUAGCUGGAGCAGAAGGAAAUCCAGGUCCUAAAGGUGUACGAGGUUUCAUUGGCUCUCCUGGAGAAGCAGGACAACUGGGACCUGAAGGAGAACGAGGAGUUCCUGGGGUCCGUGGAAAGAAGGGUCUUAAGGGAAGACAGGGUUUUCCAGGCGACUUUGGAGGCAGAGGCCCUGCCGGUCCGGACGGCAGUCCCGGACUUGUGGGUAGCAUUGGUCCUUCAGGAUUUCCUGGACUUAGAGGCAGUGUUGGCCCUAUGGGAUCAAUUGGACCUUCUGGAAUUCCUGGACCAGUGGGUCUUUCCGGGAGUAAGGGCCUACAUGGAAUCAAAGGUGAUAAGGGUGAACAAGGCAUUGCAGGAGAGCCAGGAGAGCCAGGGUAUCCUGGAGACAAGGGUGCUGUUGGUGUUCCAGGACCAUCAGGGAUGAGAGGAAAGCCAGGACCUUCAGGCCAAGCAGGUGACCCAGGAUCUCAAGGACCAUCUGGCCCUCCAGGACCAGAGGGUUUUCCAGGAGAUAUUGGGAUUCCUGGACAAAAUGGCCCUGAAGGAUCAAAGGGACUUCUUGGAAAUAGAGGGCCUCCUGGACCUCCUGGUCUUAAAGGAACUCAGGGAGAAGAAGGACCUAUUGGAUCCUUUGGAGAACUGGGGCCAAGAGGAAAACCAGGUCAAAAGGGAUAUAUGGGUGAACCAGGACCAGAUGGCUUAAAGGGAGAAGUAGGAGAUCAAGGCAACCCUGGAAAGACUGGUGAAACAGGACCUGUUGGUGUACCUGGAGAAGUUGGGAUGACUGGAAACAUUGGUGAAAAGGGAGAGCGUGGAAGUCCAGGUCCAGUAGGUCCUCAGGGGGAAAAGGGCGCUAUGGGCUAUCCAGGUCCUCCUGGGAUUCCAGGACCCACUGGUUCACUGGGAUUACCUGGUCCUGCAGGGGCAAGAGGACCACCUGGGGGUCAAGGUACUAAAGGACAAAGAGGACCAAGAGGACCAGACGGUCUCCCAGGGGAACAAGGUAUACAAGGUACCAAGGGUAAAAAAGGAGAUCAAGGAAAAAGAGGGCCUCAUGGUCUUACUGGUAAGACUGGGAACCUUGGGGAGAGAGGAGUUCAAGGGAAACCAGGUUUACAAGGACCUCCAGGGAGUGCAGGAGACAGGGGACUUGAAGGAGAACCAGGACCACGAGGACUGCAAGGUGUUGCUGGACCUCCUGGAGAAAUGGGUGCUGAGGGACCUUCAGGUAUUGAGGGAGAAUCUGGUCUGCAAGGAGAGCCAGGUGCAAAGGGAGAUGUGGGACCUACAGGCAGCGUUGGAGUUGCUGGGGAACCAGGGUUAUGGGGUGAACCAGGAGCUGGCGGAGAAGAAGGUCACCAAGGAAAAGAUGGAUUAAAGGGAAGCCCAGGAGGAAGGGGACUUCCUGGAGAGGAUGGAGAAAAAGGAGAAAUAGGUUUACCAGGGACUGUGGGGUCCUUGGGUAGACCAGGUCUAAUGGGCCCUCUGGGACCUGAAGGAAUUGUGGGAAUUCUGGGACAAAGAGGUCGUCCAGGAAAAAAGGGUGAUAAAGGACAAAUAGGGCCCACAGGAGAAACUGGAAGCAGAGGUGCUCCUGGACAAAUUGGGGAAAGUGGUGCUAAAGGUGCCAGAGGAACUAGAGGCGCUGUGGGCCACUUAGGAUUGAUGGGAUCUGGUGGAGAGCCAGGAAUUCCAGGAUACAGGGGCCAUCAAGGUCAACCAGGACUUUCUGGGUUGCCAGGUCCUAAAGGAGAAAAGGGUUAUCCAGGAGAAGAUAACACAGUACUAGGACCACCUGGGCCUCGAGGUGAACCAGGUCCAAUGGGGGAACAAGGAGAGAGAGGAGAGCCAGGAGCAGAGGGAUAUAAGGGUCAUGUGGGUUUACCAGGACCAAGAGGUGCCACUGGACAACAAGGCCCCCCAGGUGAGCCAGGUGACCAGGGUGACCAAGGACUAAAAGGAGAGAGAGGAUCUGAAGGGCCUGAUGGGAAAAAAGGAGCUCCUGGUCCUUCUGGGAAACCUGGGAUUCCUGGACUUCCAGGCUUACCAGGGUCAAAAGGCAUGCAAGGACACCAUGGAGCAGAUGGCAUUUCAGGAAACCCUGGAAAAGUUGGGCUACCAGGAAAACAGGGACUUCCUGGCAUCAGAGGCAGCCCAGGAAGAACAGGACUGGCUGGGUCUCCAGGUCCUCAAGGAGCAAAGGGUACAUCAGGCCUGCCAGGAAGCCCAGGAGUUCUAGGCCCAAAGGGUGAACAAGGGCCACCUGGUCAACCUGGAAUUCAAGGUAAAAGAGGUCACCAAGGAGCACAGGGUGAUCAAGGACCACAUGGAGAGCCUGGCCUGAAAGGGCAGCCUGGAGAACGUGGUGCUCCAGGUUUAACAGGUUUCCAAGGAUUUCCAGGACCCAAAGGUCCUGAGGGAGAUGCUGGCAUUGCUGGAAUACUAGGUCCUAAAGGUCCUAUUGGACUGAGAGGAAGCACUGGACCCUUUGGCAGAGAAGGUAUAAUAGGCCCAACAGGUAGAACUGGACCUAGAGGUGAAAGAGGCUUUAGAGGUGAAACUGGUCCACAAGGACCAAGAGGGCAACCAGGGCCUCCAGGUCCACCUGGAGCACCGGGUCCAAGAAAACAAAUGGAUAUCAAUGCUGCUAUUCAAGCCUUGAUUGAAUCACAUACAGCUCUACAGAUGGAGAGCUACCAGAAUACUGAAGUGACUUUAAUUGACUACAGUGCAGAGAUAUUCAAAACCUUGAACUACCUAAGCAAUUUACUGCACAGCAUUAAGAAUCCUCUUGGCACACGAGAUAACCCAGCACGAAUCUGCAAAGAUUUGCUUAACUGUGAACACAAAGUAUCAGAUGGGAAGUACUGGAUUGAUCCAAAUCUUGGAUGCCCUUCAGAUGCCAUUGAGGUGUUCUGUAAUUUCAGUGCUGGUGGUCAGACAUGUUUAUCUCCAGUUUCUGUGACAAAGUUGGAGUUUGGAGUUGGGAAAGUCCAGAUGAACUUCCUUCAUUUACUGAGCUCAGAAGCAACCCAUAUCAUCACCAUUCACUGUCUAAACACUCCAGUGUGGACAAGCACUCAGACAGGUGGCUCAGGAUUGCCUAUUGGUUUCAAGGGAUGGAAUGGACAAAUUUUUGAAGAAAACACUCUACUUGAACCUGAAGUGCUUUCAGAUGACUGCAAGAUUCAAGAUGGCAGCUGGCAUAAAGCAAAAUUCCUUUUUCAUACCCAGGACCCAAAUCAACUCCCAGUAAUUGAAGUACAAAAACUUCCUCAUCUCAAAACUGAAAGGAAGUACUACAUUGAAAGCAGUUCUGUAUGCUUUCUCUAAAGUCUAAGAAUUAGUUCAGAAUUCAUGCUGUUGGCCAGGUAAUUGCUGCAGAGAGAAAAAUAUAAAUGGAAAGAUACUAUUUGUGAAAUGCAUGAUAUAAAGCAUUGGCUAGAUCUUAAAGAAUCUCAGGAAAAAAAAGACUUCCUCUUAAGAAGGGGAAAGGCAUUUUUUAAAAGACUAUAAUUGAUAAAGUAUUUAAUUCUUUUAAAAUUUAUAUUGAUCUGAGCUUUCUUAGAGAAUUCCCUAGAACUGAAAAUUUAUAAACAUGGAAUUCUUCAGGUAUCCUAUAUAUUUUGACUGUCUGAGAGCAAAAUACCUAUUAGACAGCUGGAGAUGCAGAGCACUAUGGAGCAAUACUGGCUAAUGCUCCCAAAUGUGCAAUGCUUCUGUCUAAAAAUCACACCACAGUCUAAUAUGUGUUAUUUUCCUAAAUACUAAGUUGUAUUCAGGUCCCCAAAGGGCAUAUACAUCUUAGCCGGUGGUAUACUACCUCUUAUUUGUUGCCUUUUUGUGUUGCUUGGUGCUUUUCUAAAACAAGGUGCUUGUGGCUUUCAUAGACUAUUUUAUUUUUUUUCGUCUUUGUCAUUCUGUAAGACUGUAUGUACUGGUUACAUCAAGAUGUUUGGUGGCUACUUAUUUUAAUUUGUUUGAUCACAUACUUAGUAACAAGUAAAAUAUUAUUUAUAUGAAAUCCUUGUUCUAUUUUAAAAUUCUCUUUGUGAAUAUGGAAUCAAUACCAGCGCAUUGUAACCUGUACUUAUGCACAAGAGAAUUGAUAGGUUUCUUUUGUUUUUGUUUUAUUUUUUAAGUUGUUGUAAAGAAUAUUACAGGCCAGCUACAUCCAGUAGUAGGUUUGGAUUAGAGUUUGGGAAUUGUGAUACACUAUUUUUAAAAAUCCAUGAUCAUCUGGAAUGAUACUUUGUAUAUAUAUAUUUUGUAAAGUUUUAAUUCAGCAAAUCUUUUGAAAUUGCUGUUGUUUUAAAUUAUAAAAACUUUAUAUUUCUGCUUCAUAGAAAUCACAUGUUUUUGUAGUAAUUGUUGAUUUUCUUUUGCUGUUCUUAAAUUUAAAUAAGUUGGGACCUAAAAGAAUGAACUUUUUCAGUCUUUAAAGCAACAUGCAGAAGAAAACUAGUCUUCUGCCAUUGAAAAUAGGCUCAGCCAGUUCAGACUUUCCUUGUCAGAAAAAUGUUAGUCCAGUAUUAAAAGGAUAAUAUUAUACAUUUUGGUACAUAGAAAAGCUUAUACAUUCUUUAUAAACAUACCUUUAGCCACAGCAAACCACACUCAACUAUAAUAAAAAUAUGCUUAAAUAUUUUUUGGUGAACUUUGUUUUACUUCUUUUUUUACCAUAUUGUUUUAUUAUGUAUGAUAGCCCUUCUGGCAUAGCCCUUCUGUACUAUGAAUACUUACAUUAUUAAAUCAUAUGUUACAUACCUAUGAACGGAUUUCAUACCUGUGAAAUAGGGCCUAUUUCCUAUUUGUACAAAAUGAG